AUGCCUCCACAACACCUCUCCGAAGACGAUGAUAAUAACAAUGAAGGAACAAAUGAAAAUAUCAACCUCCAUGAAAAAGAUAACUCUUCAUCACCAACAAUUCCAACAUCAAGAUCACCACUUAAAUUUAUUAGUAAUUUCUUCCGAGGAUCUUCACUUUCACAAUUAAAAUGGUUACUCGGUUUAGGAUUCACUCAAUGGCAUUUGCUAUUGGUAGGAACGGUUGCCAUGUUGAUCAGUACAGUUUUAGGACUUGUUUUACCAUUAUUCUUGACAAACCUUGUUGAUGUCAUUCCACAAGCAUUGACAUCUGAAGAUGGCGAUGAGAAGGGAGAAAAAUAUUUGAACACUGCAGCUCUUUACUUGUUAUUGGCAGUUUUUGGAAUUGCCAUUACAACAGCAAUUAAACACUUUUGCUUUUCAUUUGCAGGUGAGAGAGUUGUGGCUGGAUUGAGAAAGGAAUUAUUUGAGACAAUGAUUAUUCAGGAUGUGAGCUUUUUCGAUUCCACUAAAACAGGUGAAUUACUUAAUAGAUUGAGUUCUGAUACGAAGUCUCUUGAAGCUGCUGUAACAUCAAAUCUAUUUCUUUUUAUGAGAAAUGUUUUACAGGCAAUUGGUGGAGUUUUCUUUUUAUUUUACACAAGUUGGAAAUUAACUUUGGUAACCAUGUCAGUAAUUCCACCAAUUAUAUUCGGUGCAAUUAUUUAUGGUAAAAUUGUAAAGAGAUUAUCAAAACAAGUUCAAGAUGCGUUGGCUAAAUCUAGUGAAGUUGCUGAGGAAUCAUUUUCAAAUUUGAGAACUGUAAGAAGUUUUUCAAAGGAAUAUACUCACGUUUCUCAGUACAAUGUUUCAAUUGAUGACACUUUGAAAUUGGCAAGAAAACUUUCAGUGAGCAGUGGAUUUUUCAAUGGUACAAUGACCUUCUGUGCAACAGCUAGUAUUAUUCUGGUUUUGUGGUAUGGAGGUUCAUUGGUUUUGAAAAAGGAAAUUACAAUUGGAUUAUUGACCAGCUUUAUUAUUUAUACAUUCUAUGUGGCCACUAGUUUAGGAGUUGUUUCUUCUGUUCUAUUCGAAUUAGUUAAGGCUGUUGGUGCUACUGCAAGAGUUCACGAAUUAUUGAAACAAGUGCCAGUAAUUGAAAAGAGACAAGGAAAAUCAGCACAAACUAUGGAUUAUGAUAUGGAUGAAUCUAAUCAACCAGUUUCUGGUCAUGUAGAGUUUAGAAAUGUGCAAUUUGCCUAUCCAUCUCGACCUGAACAAACUGUUUUGAAGGGUGUUAAUAUUGAAAUGUUACCUUCCACAGUAAAUGCUCUGGUUGGAAAGAGUGGAAAUGGUAAAUCAACCAUUAGCUCAUUAUUACAACGUUUCUAUGAUCCUAAUGAGGGUGAUAUUUUAGUUGAUGGAAAGUCAAUUAGAGAACUCAGUCCAAAAGAAUUGAGAAAGAAUAUUGCUGUUGUGCAACAGGAACCAUCUCUGUUCUCUUGCAGUAUUAGAGAGAAUAUUUGUUAUGGUUGGGAAUCAAGCACUCCUCCAACCAAUGAAGAAAUUAUUGAUGCUGCAACUAAGGCCAAUGCUCACGAGUUUAUUAUGGGAUUCUCGGAAGGUUAUGAUACACCUGUCGGUGAAAGAGGUAUUAAAUUGAGUGGUGGACAAAAGCAGAGAAUUGCCAUUGCUAGAGCCAUAUUGAAACAAGCAAGGAUUCUUAUUUUGGACGAAGCCACCUCUGCCCUUGAUUCCAAUGCUGAACAUCAAGUUCAGGAAGCUCUUCAAAGAUUAAUGGAAGGAAGAACUGUUUUGGUAAUUGCUCAUCGUCUCUCUACAAUUAAGAAUGCCAAUAACAUCUAUGUAAUUGAUGGAGGUAUGGUUGUGGAGGAGGGUACACACGAUCAACUCAUGAUUAAUGGUAGUAGAUAUAAGGAAUUGGUACAAAGACAAUUGGUUUCUAAUAAUGAUACAUUGGAAUAAAUUAUUUUUUC